AUGACCUCCGAUAAACAAAACAAUGGCCAUCUUGCCAAACCAUUCACACCCACCCUGUCCGCAGCGUUCCACCGCUCUAACAAGACACCGUUGACACCAAAACUCGCCAGUCCAAGUCCUGGACACCCGAUUUCUCGCCGCCUCGCACAUCCCGAUCACCCCUAUUCCACUCCGAGCAAGGACGACAUCCCCGCCGUCCCGUCGAGUUUCCUCAGUGCCAACAUUACCCCUCGAUCGGGCUCGCGAAAUGCUCGUCGCGAUGCUGCUUUCUCUUCGCCGACAAAUACUCCCCCUGCUCCCUCCCCGCAGACUCCGUACUCGCAGUCCGUGGUCGGUCUCGGGGUCAAUGGAGUCCGCCGAACGGAACGGAGCCCUGCCCGUGGGGUGAAGACGGAACAAUCGAGGAGUCUGAGAGCAAAGACGCUGACAGCUGAAGGUCAGCAAGCAUCGCGUCCAAAUUCGUUCACAGAUCUAGCGUCUGGCUCGGCAAUGUUCUUCCAUGCGUCUGAUGCCCGGUCAACUACUUCGUCCGAAGCAGAGCCCUCUCGUCCCAAACAGGGGAAGCUGUCCCCCGCUUCCAGUUUUGUCUACGCGAACGGGGACCAAGAACGGUCUUCUUUGGGUGAAGAGACCAGUUUCACCACAUCUACUGCCAAGCGUCGCUCAGGUGGUCUUCCCCGCCCUGUCUCUUCUUCUCACAGACCAGCGGCUUCUCCUUCACCGCGCCUAAAAUCGCCGCGAGUUUCGGAUGCUACCGUGCCCCUCCCCGAUGACAGCCAUUUCCAACCUAUCCUCAACCCGGGCCUGGGCCUUGCCGAAAAUGUAAUACAGCGAUUUGGCUCGCCGCCUAACCCUCCUCUUGAUCGACCACAACUCCCCUCUAUUCGACCCCACAGAAAAUCGUCUAGUAUGGACUCGAGCAGCCAUACACACCCACCAGAAGGCCUUCGAGCAAGCCCCCUCAUCAUCCCGAACAACCUUGGUGCGGAUGGCGUGACUCCCGUCAUGUCAGAUCAGAUUCCAACUCUACGUCCUCGUGUGUUUAGCAACGGCUCCUCCGCAUCUAACGAUGCUCAACUUUCGAUGCCCUUGAGCCCCGGAAAAUCAGAUGGCCCUAGUGAUAUGGCUUUGAAUGCUCGCACCGAACGAAAAAUUUUAGAUUUGGAAAUCAGCAAUUCCUCCUUGCUAGCUAUCAAUCGAACCUUGGAACGAGAGAUGCGCAAACAACAUGCUGAAUUACGUAGAUACCGACGUCUCAGCCGCUCAGGGCGCAUUUCAAUGGCCCCUUCGACUCGAUCAUUCUCCGGCAUCGCCCUUUCGACAACAAGCGAAUUGGAUGAGGGCACGAGUGAACUUUCUUCUAUCCGCUCUCAUGACGAAAUGUCCGACUAUAGUGACGAGGAUUCCAUUGCAGACGAAGGAAUAAUGAGUCCCGAUUCGCUCGCUGAACACGAUGCAAAGCACAGAGCACAUGAUGAGAAACGAUUCAUGCUUGAUCUUGCUCGACACCAAGAGCUUUUGAUAGACAGCCAGAAAAUGAACCAGAGCCUGAAACGAUGUCUGGGAUGGACUGAAGAACUGAUUAAAGAAGGCCAGAAGGCACUGGAAUACAGUGUCCAUGUCCAAGAUGUUGAGUUAGGCGGACGUGUGUUGUCUCCCGAGGAAUUAGGAGAGAUCGGUCAGGGCGGCCGAGGGCUACUGAGUCCCUCAGCCGAGUUUGACAGCGUCUUUCCGUCCAGUAUUUCAUCCCUAUUUGACGAUUCCUUCCCUGACCCAGCCACAUUCCCUUUGCCCUCGUCCCCAGGUGGGACAGAUUAA